UGAAAAGUGAAAACAUAAAAAAAUUCAAUUUUGUAAUUGUUUUAUAUGUUUAUACUUUUUUCCGCAAGAUAGUAAACAAAAUUUGUAAGUUCUUUUUAUUUUUUAAAAUGCAUAUAAAAAAGAGGUGGAAAAGUCAAAGAAAUCAACGGAUAGAAAAGAGAGAUAUUGGCGUGGCGUGUGGGAAGCGGGAAGUGUUGAUGGAGACAGCAAAGGGAAGUAGCAUUCUCAAGCACGAGACAUCGCCGCUCUCAGACAAAUCCUCACCGGAGCGACAGCGACUCUUCUUCUUUCUUCUUUCUUCUUUUCUCUAUAAUGUAUAGUACUUGUUAAAAUACUGAAUUUGCGGUGGAAUUAUACAACUAAAUUGAUAAAAAUAUAUUGGAUGUUAAAGUAAAAAAAAAAAAGUAGAAAGAAUUUAAUCACGUCUAACUCUUAGUAAAUCUCUACAUAUAAAGUAAACUGGUUGUGUGCAUAUGU